AGAACGCACUGCCGGGGGCAGGAGGCUCGAGGAGGGUGCGCGUAGGCCGGGCUUCAAGCCGAGGGCUGCAGGAGCGGUUUGAAGGGCACUGGGAUGCCCCGGCUGGGGAGGAGCAGGAAGCAGUUGGCCUGUGGGAGACCCUGGUGUGUCCCCUUGGGAAGAGUAGCGUAGCUGAGGUCCAAGCUCCAGAAGCGGAGGUAGCAGCUCCAGGAAAAAGACCUCACCUCCUCGCUGGUGCAGCUCUGAUUCUUGCUGGUGGGGUUAGGGCCUCUGCCCUCAGGAGAGCCUCCUAGCCAGCACAGGCACCCGAAGAAGCUGGACUCAAGCGUGACGCUCAUGUCAGAUGAGCAUAGCCAGGGCUUCUCGGAGAAGCGUGUGCGUGGUGGCAUGGACGAAAGGGAGAUCCACGUUUCGCCGCCCACGCCCACGUCCCCUCCCCAUGGGAGGAAACUGACGGAAAAGCUAGUGAGCUGGACUGACAGGACCUUUUCUCUUGAAAAACCUGUAGAAGAAGACACAUCUGCCUGAACUCUGCCAAAGAUGUGAAUUUAGGAUCUCCGGGGCUGUAGUCCUAACUGGCCCCACAACUAGCCUUGAGCCGAGGCUCAGUGACCAAAAGACAAGGCGCUGAGUUGGGUGCCUUCAGCAGGAACAAACACUUGCAGAGAGGUUAUCCAUGGCUAGCAGCAGGAGGGGGAGCCACGGGUGUUGCCCCUCGACACAUCCCGUCCUCCAGGAACUUUCUGCCCCAUGUCAGCCUCCAUUACCCCCCCCCGCCCCCAGCCUGUGUGUUGAAGAAUGAUGAGAGUUCCAUCCUUGUCCCUCGAGUUAAACGUUUGACAGUUCACAGGAUUAAGGACCAACGUGCCUCUAGGCUCUGAGACCCCCUAUCUUUGCCCCAGCCAUGAGCCGGCGUGUGGUUCGGCAAAGCAAGUUCCGCCAUGUGUUUGGUCAGGCAGCAAAGGCGGACCAAACCUAUGAGGACAUCCGGGUAUCCAAGGUCACAUGGGACAGCGCCUUCUGUGCGGUCAACCCCAAAUUUCUGGCCAUUAUUGUGGAGGCUGGAGGUGGAGGUGCCUUCAUUGUCCUGCCUCUGGCCAAGACAGGCCGAGUGGACAAGAACCACCCGCUGGUCACUGGGCACACUGGCCCUGUGCUGGAUAUUGACUGGUGCCCGCACAAUGACAACGUCAUCGCCAGCGCCUCCGACGACACCACUGUCAUGGUGUGGCAGAUUCCAGACUACACCCCUGUGCGGAACAUCACAGAACCUGUCAUCACACUGGAGGGCCACUCCAAGCGCGUGGGCAUCCUCUCCUGGCACCCGACUGCCAGGAAUGUCCUGCUCAGCGCAGGUGGAGAUAACGUGAUCAUCAUCUGGAACGUGGGCACUGGGGAGGUCCUGCUAAGCCUGGACGACCUACACCCUGACGUCAUCCACAGCGUGUGCUGGAACAGCAACGGCAGCCUGCUGGCCACCACCUGUAAGGACAAGACCCUGCGCAUCGUCGACCCCCGGAAGGGUCGAGUGGUUGCGGAGAGGUUUGCAGCCCACGAGGGGAUGAGGCCCAUGCGGGCCGUCUUCACGCGGCUGGGUCAUAUCUUCACCACGGGAUUCACCCGCAUGAGCCAGCGAGAGCUGGGCCUGUGGGACCCGGUAACACAGCUGGAGGCUUGGGGUGUGUGCCCCGGGGGCUGGCAUCACGGGCGAGGGGCCAGACGCCCCGCACCCGCAGGGUAUGCCCAUCCCGACAGGGCCGAAGGCUGUUGCCACCUCACACCCACCCCGGCCCGGUUUUGCUGCGUCGCCAGAAGGAGCUCGCGCUGGCGCCCCCUCCUGAACAACUUCGAAGAGCCAGUGGCCUUGCAGGAGAUGGACACCAGCAACGGAGUGCUGCUGCCGUUCUACGACCCCGACUCCAGCAUCGUCUACCUGUGCGGCAAGGGUGACAGUAGCAUUCGGUACUUUGAAAUCACGGAAGAACCGCCCUUCGUGCACUACCUGAACACGUUCAGCAGCAAGGAGCCCCAGCGGGGCAUGGGGUUCAUGCCCAAGCGGGGCCUGGACGUCAGCAAGUGUGAAAUCGCCAGGUUCUACAAGCUGCACGAACGGAAGUGUGAGCCCAUCAUCAUGACUGUACCGCGAAAGUCAGACCUGUUCCAAGAUGACCUGUACCCGGACACGCCGGGCCCCGAGGCAGCGCUGGAAGCCGAUGAGUGGCUGUCGGGUCAGGACGCAGAACCCGUGCUCAUUUCGCUGAAGGAGGGCUACGUGCCCUCCAAACACCGUGAGCUCCGGGUCACCAAACGCAACAUCCUGGACGUGCGCCCGCCGGCCGGGCCGCGGCGCAGCCAGUCAGCCAGCGAAGGCCCCUUGUCGCAGCAGCACACCCUAGAGACACUGCUGGAGGAGGUCAAGGCCCUUCGCGAGCGGGUGCAGGCCCAGGAGGAGCGCAUCACGGCUCUGGAAAACAUGCUGUGUGAGCUGGUGGAUGGCACGGACUAGCCACGCGCUGCGCAGCUCUGCGCGGCACACCCGAUGGGGUAGGGCGCCCCACCGGUGGGUCCGGCUUUUGACCUGGGACUCCUCCGCGCCCUGCCUCCUGGGGUUGGAAUUAGGAGCGAGACCAGAAAAGAAACUCCACCCCCCCCCCCCCACAGGAGGCUGGACACGUGGAUCUAAGUGGCAGGGACUGAUCGCCUUACUGGGUCCCCGACUUUGCGGGACCAGGCCUAGGGGGAUCCUGGGAUAACGUGGCCUUAGCAGUGGUGCUUCAUGGUGAGGCGUGUCCCUCUCUGUCCCUCACCCUGGGCAGGGGAAGUGUUUAGUGUUAGUGUGCUGCCUGGGGAUACUGAGGGACUUGCGCUUGACCUCACAAGGAUGACCACUCAACAGAUAUCCCCAGAACCUCAGGAAAAUUCCCACAUUUCUCCAGACGGGCAGCACAGAAGAGCCAUUGGCUUCACCUACCCAUCUCUGGCAGAGGGCUCUGCCCUUCCUCCCACUUCAGUGAGGGCAAUCUCUCUCUCGGAGACAAACAGACCCUACCAGAGAAAUCUCAGGAGAACUGGCAUACGGAAGCAGGUUCUACACACACACACGCACACACACAGCCUCCAGCACUCUGCUGAACCUGUAAAACACCGGGGCAUAAUUAAUGGAAUGUUUUACUAAGUACAAAUCUGUGCCUCCUGCAUGGGUGGCUAGAGCCCCCCCUUCCCUUUUUGGAAUCCUGGGGAAACCUGGCAAGCUGAACUGAGGACCCCCCAGGCAGCUUCUGACCCUAGGUCAUCCAUCUUCGCAUGGAAGAUCCAAAGACCCCACCUCCCACCCACUGUGGGUACUUGUCCCCAAUAAAGUUAGGUAGAA